AUGUCUGUGGCGCGUCGACCUCCCCCAGCCUAUGAGUCCUCACUGGCUGGUAUUCAAGCAACAAGUGCUAUAUACCAUAGAAUCUCCAGGACAGCGUCCGACGCCACCGGUCGAGUUCUCAAAGAGUCAUUCGAGAUCCCUCCAUGCUCAGGCCAGGCAUGGACUGUACCGGCCGGCUCUGUCUGUCGUCUCACUACCCCAAAUGGACCGCAAGUAGGUGACUUGAACCUUUGGAAUGCACACAAUCCGCGCGAACGACUGUGGGCUGCACGCACCCGUCAAAUCCAUGCAUCCCAUGUCUCGGUUGGCGAUCGCCUGUGGUCGAAUCUCCCAUAUCUCCGACCGCUUGUGAGCAUCACCGGCGAUUCACUGGGAGGCGGGCAGUUGCAUGAUGUGCUCGCCCCCGAUGGAAAACGAGAUCCCGAGAAGACCUUUCCGAGCACGCAAUCUGGAGGGCGGGUUCAUGAUCUGCUGGGUACUCGCUGUGAUCCCUACGUCAAUAUGCUGAUGGGAGGCAAGACCUUCGACUUCCACUGCCAUUCCAAUUUGACCCGGGCCGUGGUCCCUUAUGGACUCACCGAGCUCGAUGUUCAUGAUGUGCUCAACGUGUUUCAAGUCACUGGGCUUGACGAGGAGGGUCGCUACUUCAUGGAGGCCUCUCCUGCUCAACCCGGAGAGUACUUUGAGUUCUUCGCCGAGGUGGACGUACUUUGUGCACUCUCUGCUUGUCCCGGUGUUCCGUCUACAGGUGAUCUUUCCAAUUGGGGGUGGGAAGAUAAAGAGGGUGACAUGUUAGCUUCCUGCCGCCCACUGGGCGUGGAAGUAUACCAGCUCGUCGAUAAAGACAAGGUGCUCGAGGGCUGGAUGCAACCCCAGAGCCCAGCGUACAAGGGCAUGCACGGAAUGACCAUGCCGGCCCGUUAG